CGAGGCUCCGCUUUCCGCCGGUGCUCCGGCCCGUCUGGCGGCCCGCCCCUCCGCACCCCCGGCCGUAGCGGUCCCCGCGCUCCCCUGCUCGGCGCGAAGCCCUGGCCCCGGCCGCCGGGCAUGGGCCAGGGGAGCGGGGUCUGGCGGCUUCCCGCGGGGCCCCGACCUGUACAGGCUUCAUCAUGAAGACCCUCAUAGCCGCCUACUCCGGGGUCCUGCGAGGAACAAAGGAGCUAUAUAAAAUAAAUGGUGAAAUCAGUGGUGCCCUGGAGCAGCUGUUUGGAUUGGUUACUGAAAACUUCUCUUCAUAGAACAGGCACUGGCUCCAGCAUCCUCUCCGCCCUCCAGGACCUGUUUUCCGUCACUUGGCUCAAUAGGUCCAAGGUAGAGAAGCAGCUUCAAGUCAUCUCGGUGCUACAGUGGGUCCUGUCUUUCCUCGUGCUGGGAGUGGCCUGCAGCGCCAUCCUCAUGUACACAUUCUGCACCGAUUGCUGGCUCAUCGCCGUGCUCUACUUCACCUGGCUGGUGUUUGACUGGAACACACCCAAGAAAGGUGGCAGGAGGUCACAGUGGGUCCGAAACUGGGCUGUGUGGCGCUACUUUCGAGACUACUUUCCCAUUCAGCUGGUGAAGACACACAACUUACUGACCAGCAGGAACUACAUCUUUGGGUACCAUCCCCAUGGCAUCAUGGGCCUGGGUGCCUUCUGCAACUUCAGCACAGAGGCCACAGAAGUGAGCAAGAAGUUCCCCGGCAUAAGGCCUUACCUGGCCACGCUGGCCGGCAACUUCCGGAUGCCAGUGCUGCGCGAGUACCUGAUGUCUGGAGGCAUCUGCCCAGUGAACCGGGACACCAUAGACUACUUGCUUUCAAAGAAUGGGAGCGGCAAUGCCAUCAUCAUCGUGGUGGGGGGCGCGGCUGAGUCCCUGAGCUCCAUGCCCGGCAAGAAUGCAGUCACCCUGCGCAAUCGCAAGGGCUUUGUGAAACUGGCCCUGCGCCAUGGAGCCGACCUGGUUCCCAUCUACUCCUUUGGGGAGAAUGAGGUAUAUAAGCAGGUGAUCUUUGAGGAGGGCUCCUGGGGCCGAUGGGUGCAGAAGAAAUUCCAGAAGUAUAUUGGCUUCGCCCCAUGCAUCUUCCACGGUCGAGGCCUCUUCUCCUCCGACACCUGGGGGCUGGUGCCCUACUCCAAGCCCAUCACCACUGUCGUGGGUGAGCCCAUUACCAUCCCCAAGCUGGAGCACCCGACCCAGCAGGACAUCGAUCUGUACCAUGCCAUGUACAUGGAAGCCCUGGUGAAGCUCUUCGACCAGCAUAAGACCAAGUUCGGCCUCCCGGAGACCGAGGUCCUGGAGGUGAACUGAGCCUGUCUGCAGGGGCCAGCUUCUGGGAGGAACCAGCAAAUCGUUUUCUACCAAGUUCUCAAGUGCUUUUUGUUCUGUAAAUUUGGAAGCGUCAUGGGUGUCUGUGGGUUAUUUAAAAGAAAUUAUAAUAAUUUUGUUAAACCAUUACAAUGUUAGGUCUUUUUUAAGAAGGAGAAAGGGAAUAUUUCAAGCUCUCUCACUUCCAGUUUGUCCUGUUCCAGGUGGGGGCUGCCACAUCUGGGCCUUUAUGGUUUCACAACCCCUCUUCUCUCCUUCCCCAAAUUACAGAGAAAAUUCAGUCCUGGUUAACUGGGGAAGAAGGACAGUCAUUAGUGACUUGGGCCAGUUAGAUUAUUUGCCCUUUGGCCCUAAGGGAUGAGGGGCAGAAGCCUCCUCUAAUACAAACAUCUCUAUGCCCAGCUACCCAACGCUUGACUGCAGGACUAAACCCUCUUACCAAGGGAAGACUCAGAGGAAACAGGUGUUCCCAUGUUGAAGAGCGCAGGGAUAAGCAUCCGGAAUAUUCAAGCUUGAUUCUCCUUUCUACCACCCCCCAUGGCCCCAGUCUCUGAAAUCUGAGCCUGGACUGGUCCAAAGAGAGGAUCAGGGUGGCAAUGUUCCUGUGCUGGAGAAUGGAGCUGUCCAGAUGAAACAUCUCGUAGGUUAUCAAGCCCCAUCACGUUCUGGUUGGAGUGACUGGUUUUCCUCAGGGGGCUGAUGACAUGGACCCAGCACAGACCCUGCCUUGGCCUAAAUCACAAACUUCCCAGUGGCCUCGCUUUGCUUAACCCACAUCCUCAGUAGUGGAUGCAAGGAAGGGGUCCCCUUUCCUGUUUACAGAAGGACCUGAGCAGUAGACUGGUACCAGAACAGAAGUUCCCCGAACCCAAACCUCAUAUAUUUGUGCCUUUUCUGAGAGGGGGGCCCAGGGAGGAAAACUAGUCCUCUGCGUACUCUGUUUUCUCUUGAUGAGAUCAUUAUACCAUGUCAGACUUUUGUAUAUUCCUAAAUGAAUAAAUGAAAACAAGUGUCCUCUAUGAGUUAUCGUUGGGGCCACAUCAGCAUCUUGCUGCUGAUGCUUGGGGAGACCACUGCCCCAGCUGGGCUGCCUGCUGGGCCCUCUCCUGCUUUCAGCCCACAUGGCCCUCUGUGGUAUAUUAGUUAUCAAUUGCUGUGUAAUAAAUUACUCCAAAACUUGGUGGCUGC